AUGGCCGACCACCCCGUUUCUCGGGAACCCUCAACCGAGGUCGUCACCAGAUCCACCACCAACAUCAGAAGACGAGUUAGAGAAUUCAUAGAAGGCGCCAGAGAUCAUUUCUCCACCAUGUCCGGCAGAUACCAGAUUUCACCCGCCGAUUUCGAUCAGCUCUAUCAGCUCUACCAGGAAGAUACCUCCGCGAAGGGGCUUUACGAAUUUAUCGUCGAUCACCAUAUUACUCAUGACAUAGCCGCGAAGAUGAACCUCCGACCAAUUGAUGUGCUCGCGAGGAUGGUCGGGAAGACAGCCGAGGCGUGUCAAAAGGAUCUCGACGAAGAAACCGCGCUGGUCCAGGCUGCCGAGAAGAAGGCGGCGGAAGCGCGUGCGAAGGUGAAUGCGGAUGCGGAUGCGGAGCCAAAGCCAGAAACUAGCAGCGAUGGGGGUGUUAGGAAGUUUGCUGCACCGAGUUAUUGGUAG